AUGGUUCUCGAUCUAAGUUCUAUGAAUUUCGUCCCGAACUUCGUUUCCAAUUUCGAGUUCUUACAUUUGCCUCUUAAUCUCCUGAUUAACAGUGCCGGCAGAUUCUGUUACGAACGCGCAAUUUCUGAAGACGGAAUGGAGAUGACGUUCGCUACGAAUUAUCGAGGUCAUUUUCUUUUCACGAAGCUUUUGUUGAAUAAGAUGAUCGAAACAGCCAAAUCAACGGGAAUCCAAGGCCGAAUAGUGAAUGUGACGUCCAAUAUCCACAGCCGGCUUUCCGGCGACGUAAUCGAAUGUCUCGGCCAGAUAAGCCAAAGCAACAGAGAGUACGACGCGACACGUGCUUACACCGUCCAACUCGCUCACAGACUUCAGGAAAUGGAGGCAAAUGUUACAGUAAACUGUGUUCAUCCGCGCGUAGUGAAAACCAAAUUAAACAGAGAUCGUGAAGGCUUCGUCAUAGGAGCAGCAACAAGUUGCAAAGUAGCCGCGAAUCGGAGCGUGGAUAAUGUGAAUGGCAAAUACUUUGCGGAUUGCAAUGAUUAAGGUGGUUGUGAAUCCAAAUCAGGUACCAAGUCCACGCACUUAGCUGCACGCCUAUGGUCCGCCUCUGAAACCAUCGUCUCCACAUUUACAGGUAACCCUGAGCCUAAUCUCACCAA